UUUUUUUUUUGCUUUUCCCCCCCUCUUGCUCCGCUCCGAGACACCUUCUCCCCCCCAGCCCUAGAAAAGCUCCCUUGACGGGAUAAAUCCUUCUUCACUUGAACCGCGGCCUUUGAUCAUCAGCAACUUAACUUGCCCUUCACCCUCCACACACACACCAUCACCAGCACCAGCACCAUCGCUAUGUUCUCUUGCGCCAAUUAUCCUCGCGGCUGCCGCGGCCGCGUCAACAUCUCGGGAGGGAAAUGCUCUGACUGCGUGCAAUUGAAGUUGCGUCGGCCGCUAUCCGCAUCCCCCUUCGCCCAGCCCAGAGACUACCGGAGAGCUCUGCCGUCCGAAAUCCUGCGAGACUCGCCCUACAAGGAGAUCGACCGCUGCAUAUAAUGACACCGCGACGAUCAAUCUGGCGGGUUCAAAAAAUCAAGG